GGGCACAGCGGGAGGCUGAAGCUGCCGCCACCAACCUCCCCUCUGCCUCUGCCAUGAAUGAUGCUUCCACCAUGGAUUAUGAACUACUCUCCCCUUCCUUGGUUGAGCACCCAGCUGGCACUGCAGGGAUGGAUGCUGAGCAGAAAACAGUCUUUGCCUUUGUCAUCUUCCUCCUGGUCUUCUUGGUGAUGCUGAUGGUUCGCUGCUUCCGCAUCCUGCUGGACCCCUACAGCCGCAUGCCAGCCUCCUCCUGGACUGACCACAAGGAAGGCUUGGAGAGGGGCCAGUUUGACUAUGCCUUGGUGUAAAGAGCAGGGAUGGGCUGCUCCUGGCUGCUCCUUGUGCCUCCCACCCCAGCUGGCCCCAGCCCCAUCCUCCCCUUUCCUCUGUGCUGUUGCCCCUGGCCAGCAGCGAUGCUCUGGGCAGGGAGCUCAAUCCCAGCUCUUGUCCUGGGUGGGUUCUUUUUUUUUCUAGGGGUUUCUGUCUUUUUCUAAGCACUUUGCAGUUCUCUUGGCAGCCUGUGGGACUCUUGGAGGGAUGUGU